AUGACUUCCUGCAUUGAAUCUCCACAGGGCAAUGGGCAAAUUCUCGAAUCCGAAGCUAUUGCUACCCGCGACCACCUGGAUAUGUGCAUGACUGUCGAGGCUCAGUCGGGCGACGAUGAGUCCACCAAAGCUUUCACGCCGGAGCCAAGCUCAAGUGACGGGAGCUCGAUGUUGCACUGCAGUGGCGAGGGUACAGAAAUAGGGGAGCUGCCAGAUGCGGCAUUAGCAACAGCCCAGAUAACAGUGGUCAAGGGCGCGCGCAGCUCUACAGCUAAGCAGUUUGUCCCAACGAAGGCACCUCCACGAGCCCGUAUGAAACGCCGCUUCCAACCGUAUCCUCGCAGAGGUUAUACAGGUAGUGCGGUGACUCCCCUUUUGUUGAAGAGGAGGAGUCCGCUGAGUAGUGAUGUAUUGAGCCAAACUUCCAGUCGGAGUGACACGUCCACAGAACAUGAUGUUGUUGUCUAG